AUGGCUCUGCCAGCACGGCCAGGGCUCUGCCUGCUGCCAGCUCGACACCCAGCCCAGCGCCUGCCCCGGCUGCAGCAGGAUCCGGCCGGCUGGGAGACGUGGGCGCAGGGCUGCUGCCUGGGGCGAGGGGCUUUGUGCCCCAGCCCCUGGCCCCAGCCCGCGUGGCCGGGCUACCGCGGGCCAGCCCCGGCCCCCCAGCUGCAGCCGCUGAGCCCAUUCAGCUCCAUCGGGCUGCAGCUAAUCGGAGCUGAUGCCUGUUUGUUUGGAGAGGCCGGGUGCCCGGUAGCUGUUUCAACAAAAGCCUGGCCACCCGCUCUGCUGGGGCGAGGAGGGGUUGAGCAGAGCAGCACGGGGUGGGGGGCGUCUCUCCUGGACCCCUGGUGCCCACUCCUCAGCUCCCCCCUGCCCGGCAGGUUCCUGCGGGACGACUACUCCAUCCAGGUGUCCAUCAAUGACUACCUGGACAUCUACUGCCCGCACUACGAGGGGGCUGUGCCCGCCGGCCGGGCAGAGACGUUCACGCUCUUCAUGGUGGACCGGGAGGGCUACCGCGGCUGCUACGAGACCCCCGGGGCCUUCAAACGCUGGGAGUGCAACCAGCCCCAAGCGCCCUUUGGGCCCGUCCGCUUCUCGGAGAAGAUCCAGCGCUUCACCCCCUUCUCGCUCGGCUUCGAGUUCCAGCCGGGGGAGACCUACUACUACAUCUCCGUGCCCAGCCCCGAGAGCGCCGGGCGCUGCCUGAAGCUGCGCGUCUCCGUCUGCUGCAGAGCCACCACGCCGGAGCCGGUGACGGAGGUUCCCAACUCCCAGCCCCACGGGCGAGGGCCCCCCGUGGACGCGGGGACGCCCCGGGACACCGCGGCCCCGGCCCUGCAGCAGCGCCGUGCUCCGUGCCUGGCUCUUACGCUCCUCGCCCUGCUCUGGAUCUGACCCCGCGGCUCUGCCCACGGCGGGGACACGGGCUCCUCCGCCACGCUGGCCGCUUGCGAACGUUUUUCUCCUGCCACCGUCCCACCGAGCCCGUGGGGCAGCCCUGGGCCACGACUCUCCUGCCAACCCCCUGCCGAGCUGAGCUGGGGGCCAGGGGCUCCCGGCUGGAAGGGGCCUUGCUUCCCUGCCAGCAUCCCCCUGUGCCGGCCCCGACAGCAACCCUGCCCCGGCGCUGUGGGCUCCCCGCAGCUCCUUGGACACCUGCUCUGCCCCAGGGCCGUCUCCUCAUCUUGUGCCUUCCCCCAUGGACCCCCUGCUGUGGGGGGCCGGGGACCCCCAAGCCCUGGAGCAGGGCGACAGCUCCUCCGGCCGCUGGAUGGAGGCAGGCGCCCGGCCCCGCUGCUUGCCUUGUCCUCCAGCGAGGACACUGAUCUGUCUUCUGCGAAGACGCCCUCCUCCUCCGUGCGGUUCCAGUCCGUACGGUUUGGUUUUAACCCCUGGUAGUGACUGAGCCGAGUAAUACAGUAUUUGCAAGACCGAUGUGCCCUCGGGCUUUGCACCCCUGUCCCCUCAAGCGCAGUCCCUGUCCCCGCGGGAUGCUGGGGUGUUCGUCUCGCAGCCUUUGCUGCAACCUUUCAGGCUGGGGGGGGGGGGUUAAUUGCAGCGAUUGAUAUUGAGACAUCAGCUCAUGUGACAGGGAGAGCUUUAAUUACAGAUCAGCUGCCUGCAAUUAGUGCCUGGUGGCAGGGCCCGGCGCCGGCACCUGCAGAGGGGCAGGGGCAAGGGGGUGGCAGAGCUGGGGUCGCUCACCCGCAGCCCCAGGCUGAGCGCGCUGGUCUUGAUCCCUGCCCUUAGCCGGGCUCAGACACCGGUCCUUGGCCUGUCCGUACCCACCCUGCACCCCCCAGCGCUGCAGCAGCACCUGGGGGGCCAGCACGCUCCUACCAUCCACCCCCCAGGCAGGAGCAGCGCUCACGUAUGCC